AAUCCAGCUUCCUCCACGUGUGUAUAGACCGGUAGCGUUUUCAGGUCACCCGUGUUUUUUUCUAAUUCCUCACCAAAUGACGAUGUCUUUCAUAUUUGUUAGUCCUGACAGUGACUUCCCCAUACAGAAUCUUCCUUAUGGCAUAUUUUCAACAACCAGUAAUCCAACACCAAGGCUUGGCGUUGCUAUAGGGGAUCAGAUCCUGGACCUCAGUGUUGUCAAGCACCUCUUUGGUGGCCCUGUUCUUCAGAGUCAGCAGGCUGUGUUCGAGGAGUCAACAUUGAAUGCUUUUAUGGGCCUUGGUCGCCCGGCAUGGAAGGAAGCCAGAGAAACAUUACAGAAAUUGUUGUCUGCAGACGAGCCUCUCCUGAAGGACAACAGUAGCCUUAGGGACAGAGCGUUUGUACCCCAGCACUCGGCUCAGAUGCAUCUCCCAGCUAAAAUAGGUGAUUACACUGACUUUUACUCCUCUAAAAACCAUGCACACAACGUUGGCUGUAUGUUCCGUGGGCCUGAAAAUGCACUCAUGCCAAACUGGACACAUCUACCAGUUGGUUAUCAUGGCCGAGCCUCCUCCGUGGUGGUAUCAGGUACACCAAUCAGACGGCCAAAUGGACAGACACGCCCAGACGACACCAAACCCCCUGUGUUCGGUCAGUGUAAGCUACUGGACUUUGAGCUGGAGAUGGCUUUCCUCACUGGCCCAGCCAAUGAGCUUGGUCAGCCCAUCACUAUGGACAAGGUAGAUGACCACAUCUUUGGCAUGGUGCUGAUGAACGACUGGAGUGCACGAGACAUACAGAAGUGGGAGUAUGUGCCCCUCGGUCCAUUCCUGGGUAAGAACUUUGGGACAACCAUUUCCCCUUGGGUGGUACCUAUGGACGCCCUCAAGCCCUUCGUCGUCCCCAAUGCCUCUCAGAAUCCAGUUCCUCUACCGUACCUCCAACACGAGGACCCCUACACCUUCGACAUCAACCUCCAAGUGGCUCUAAAGUGUGACGGACAAGGCCAGUCUCACACACUGUGUAAAAGUAACUUCAAGUACAUGUAUUGGACAAUGAAACAGCAGUUGGUCCACCACACAGUGACAGGCUGUAACACGAACCCUGGAGACCUCCUGGCUUCAGGAACCAUUAGUGGAGAGACACCAGACUCGUUUGGCAGUAUGUUGGAGCUGUGUUGGAAGGGCACCAAGACAAUAGACCUGGGUGCUGGACUCACUCGCAAAUUUCUAAAGGAUGGUGAUGAGGUUAUCAUGUCAGGAUGGUGCGAGAAUGAUGGUGUCAGAGUUGGCUUUGGAACAUGUACAGGAAAAAUUCUACCUGCUCUAGAGAUGUAACUGACACGUCUAGGAACACGAAAUCGAAAGCAACCUCCCAUCAUCAUCAAAGGAUCGUGGGUACACGGAGAGAUGAGUGAGCAGCAUUAGUCUGAUCGUUGGUGUUUGUACUUUGUAGCUAGGAAGGAGGACUGAAUACCGGGAAAUGUUCGCCUAGUCAAGCUUUCACACUACAUUGGUAAAAUCUAUACUCACCCAGUGUUAGUUUUACCCUUUGAUUGCUGUUUAUUUUGUUGUUUACUAAGGAUUGGUCUAAUGAUGUAUUACAGAGGACGAAAAAGGCGGAAGUUAAACUGGCUCAAAAUUUCCCAGUAAGCAGUAUCUGUCCUGAAAGACAGAUCUAUGUCAGAUUUAUAUCAGUUCUGAUCAAAGUUUUACACAUGUAUUUGUGAAAAAAAGAUAAAUUUUGUAAAAAGAUAAACCGCAAUUAUUGAAAUAGUUGUCAUAUUACUCUGUUGUCAAACAGAUUUGUUUAUUAUCAUUUCAUGAAAAUAGUGUGACAGUUAUUGUAGUAUAACUAAAACUUGUAAAACAGUAUGGCAAUAACACAAUGAGAUAUCACAAGUUUCUGUUAUUUCCAACAGGUAGUGGUUCUGUCUUAUCUAGAUAACUAUAUGUGGGUCUUAUCUAGAUAACUAUAUGUAGUGGUUCUUAUCUAGAUAACUAUAUGUGGGUCUUAUCUAGAUAACUAUAUGUAGUGGUUCUUAUCUAGAUAACUAUAUGUGGGUCUUAUCUAGAUAACUAUAUGUAGUGGUUCUUAUCUAGAUAACUAUAUGUGGGUCUUAUCUAGAUAACUAUAUGUAGUGGUUCUUAUCUAGAUAACUAUAUGUGGGUCUUAUCUAGAUAACUAUAUGUAGUGGUUCUUAUCUAGAUAACUAUAUGUGGGUCUUAUCUAGAUAACUAUAUGUAGUGGUUCUUAUCUAGAUAACUAUAUGUGGGUCUUAUCUAGAUAACUAUAUGUAGUGGUUCUUAUCUAGAUAACUAUAUGUGGGUCUUAUCUAGAUAACUAUAUGUGGGUCUUAUCUAGAUAACUUUAUGUAGUGGUUCUUAUCUAGAUAACUAUAUGUAGUGGUUCUUAUCUAGAUAACUAUAUGUAGUGGGUCUUAUCUUGAUAACUAUAUGUGGGUCUUAUCUAGAUAACUAUAUGUGAGUCUUAUCUAGAUAACUUUAUGUAGUGGUUCUUAUUAGAUAACUAUAAGUGGGUCUUAUCUAGAUAACUAUAUGUAGUGGGUCUUAUCUAGAUAACUAUAUGUAGUGGGUCUUAUCUAGAUAACUUUAUGUAGUGGUUCUUAUCUAGAUAACUAUAUGUGGGUUUUAUCUAGAUAACUGAUUUGUUUGAUUGAGACUGAUAGAUAGUGAUUAUGAAGGCAACAGCACGCAGUCAGAGAUAUUUUUGUUAAUCAUUCCUCUACACCAUUUAUACUCUGGCUGAUUUAAAUUCAUGAAUUUGAAUGGUAAUUUUCAAAGUUAAAUCACAGGUACUAGCCACGUCUGUCAAUACACCUAUAUUCUAUAAUAUAUUAUAUAUUAGGUGUUUUGACAGACGAGGCUAGUACCUGGGGAUGAAUGUGUAAAAUGGGGUAUUGCAUCUGUCCUUUCUUAUCAUGCAGUGGAUAAUAAGUUCAACACGAUUGCUGUGUGGAGAGGUUAUAUCAAUCAUUCCUGUAUCAGUACUACUGAUACCGCUCAGUAGUCAUUACGAUGUAUAAACAUGUGAUUUGGAUCAUUUCGGUUUAGAUGAGACUACAGGCUACACUUUGUAAAGUUAUGUCUAUUUUUAUACCAAAGAUCAAACAGCUGUUCUUGUGAGUAGGUAAUGUACAAAAGAAACUUUGAUUAUAGAUCUGACCCAGAGGUCCCACCACAAAGAUUCACCACAAAGUGGAUCACUAAUCAGCGGGGCCAGUUGUUGGAGGACUAGGUCAUUGCCCUGAGAUUAUAAACAGACCAUGUGAUCAAUGUUUGAACAGUUUGUACAUGAAAAAUGAACUUUUACAACUGGGAUUGUAUCAUCAGAGAUGAGGUUUAUAUUAUAGAAUCAUGUUCACAGUAUGACUUAUGUGUACAAGAAUCUCUUUCCCCUACACUUUUCCUUGUAGGAUCCGUCACCUGUGUGUGAACACUAUAUAAUCUAAAUGUAAUUAUUGUUCUAACUUCUAUACUGCCAUGCUGAUCAUGAAUAAAUCAUUUGAUCUUUU